AGAUGAGACCUCUGACCGAAGAAGAAGCUAAAGGCCUGUUCGAGAAACUUGCCAAAUACAUCGGAGACAACAUGAAGUUAUUAUUGGAGAGAAGUGACGGGAACUAUGUCUUCAGAUACCACAAAGACAAGGUGUAUUAUGUCAGCGAGACCAUCAUGAAAAAAGCAACAAAUGUCGGUAGAAAAGAGCUCAUUUCACUCGGAACAAUGUUUGGCAAGUUUUCAAAAGGAGGUAAAUUUAAGUUGCACAUCACAGCCCUUGACUUCCUAUCAUCAUACGCAAAACAGAAAGUCUGGCUAAAACCUGGUGCAGAACAGCAGUUCCUGUACGGUAACAACGUUACAAAGGCAGGUUUGGGAAGGAUAUCAGCUGGGACCGACAAAUACGACGGAGUGGUCGUCUACAAUAUGUCCGACUUACCUCUUGGGUUUGGAGUAGCAGCCCGAUCUACAAAUGAUUGUAAAACUACAGAUCCAAACACGAUAGUAGUGUUUCACCAAGCUGAUGUUGGUGAAUAUGUCAGAGCAGAAAGUACGAUGUCAUGACAAACCAGAGCUGGUUUUAUUUUAGUGGGAUCUGUGUAUUGGUUUUACCGUUUAGAAAUUUAUUUCCUUGAUCAGUUUUUACAUCACAUGGCAUUUAAUUGACGGUGGCCUGAUAACAUCGCCGUUUUUAUUUGUGUUUCUUAUUUAAGACUGAAAUAUUUCUGGAAUCACUGUGUUCACUGUAGAUUCAAUGACAUGUUUUUAUCUAAUUUAUUACAAUACUGAGCUUUAA